ACGCACCCCAAGACUUGCAGAUGCAGGGGACCGGGCAACUCCCGGGUCCCCAGUCUGAUCCGCAGGGCCUGACAGCUGUCUGCCUGUGUUCCUUUCCGGGAGCUGGGGAUACCCCGCAGGUCUUUAAGGGGUGACUGCAUGCUGGCCGUCACCAGCACACACCAAUGCGAACCGGCUUUGCUGGUGAACGAUAGCCCAGCCCGAGCCUGUGACUGUCCCUAAGAGCAGGGUUUACUGUGUUUCUGUGCUGUUCACAGGUGGAGCGACCUACAGGAGAAAAGAAAAAAGAGCACACACACUCCGUGGUUUUAUUUUCAAAAUUCUCUCUAGUUAAACUUUUAGCAUAUCCAUUCUUCCAGCUUUGCAUCCGGGGAGAGGACGCUGGGGGUUAACCAUCCAGCUUCCACCGGUGUCUGAAGCUCUGGGUUUGAGCGCACUGUUCCCAAAGAGGCUUCGACCGAGAGGCGAUGACCCGGCAGAGAAGAUGUUUACCGUGAUGGCCCGCCAGCCUUGUGAACCAGCAGGCUUCAGGGCCCUCUCCCGGACUCCGGCCAUCGUCACCUUGGUGGCCCUGCUUGUGAGCAUCGUGGUGCUCGUGACACUCACGCUCAUCCAGAUCCGCCACCCUCAGGUCCUCCCUCCGGGGCUGAAGUAUGGAAUCGUGCUGGACGCUGGCUCUUCCAGAACCACCGUGUACGUGUACCAGUGGCCAGCAGAGAAGGAGAAUAACACGGGCGUGGUCAGCCAAACCUUCAAAUGCAGUGUGAAAGGCUCUGGAAUCUCCAGCUAUGAGAAUAAUCCCCAAGACGCCCCCAAGGCCUUUGAGGACUGUAUGCUAAAGAUCAAGGAGCAGGUCCCCGAGCCCCUCCACGGGUCCACCCGAGUUUACCUGGGAGCCACAGCUGGGAUGCGUUUGCUGCGGUUGCAGAAUGAGACAGCAGCUCGUGAAGUCCUUGAGAGCAUCCAAAGCUACUUCGAGUCCCAGCCUUUUGACUUUAGGGGUGCUCAGAUCAUUUCUGGGCAAGAGGAAGGGGUGUAUGGAUGGAUUACAGCCAACUAUAUAAUGGGAAAUUUCCUGGAGAAGAACCUAUGGCACAUGUGGGUUCACCCGCACGGAGUAGACACCACAGGAGCCCUGGAUCUGGGCGGCGCCUCCACCCAGAUAUCCUUUGUGUCGGGAGAGAAGAUGGAGCCGAAUGCCAGUGACACGGUGCAGGUGUCCUUGUACGGCUACACGUACACGCUCUACACACACAGCUUCCAGUGCUACGGCCGGAACGAGGCAGAGAAGAAGUUCCUGGCCAUGCUUCUGCAGAGCUCGCCCACCGGAACCAACAUCAGCAACCCCUGCUACCCCCGGGGUUACAGCUCCACCUUCGACUUGGGCCACGUGUUCGGCAGCCUGUGCACGGAGAAGCACAGGCCAGACAGAUACAACCCCGGUGAUGUCGUCACCUUCCUGGGAACUGGAGACCCAUGGCUGUGCAGGGAGAAGGUGGCUUCUGUGUUUGACUUCAAAGCUUGCCAGGAGCAAGACGCUUGUUCCUUUGAUGGCGUUUACCAGCCCAAAGUUCAAGGGCCAUUUGUGGCGUUUGCAGGGUUCUAUUACACAGCCAGUGCGCUAAACCUCUCGGGAAGCUUCCCCCUUGCCGCCUUCAACAGCAGUAGCUGGGACUUCUGCAAACACACCUGGAUGGAGCUCCCGUCCCUGCUUCCCAGAUUCGACGAGGUGUACGCCCGCUCCUACUGCUUCUCAGCCCACUACAUCUACCACCUGCUCGUAAACGGCUACAAAUUCACGGAGGAGACUUGGCCUCGGAUACGCUUUGAGAAAGAAGUGGGGAACAGCAGCAUUGCCUGGUCCCUAGGCUACAUGCUCACCCUGACCAACCAGAUCCCAGCUGGAAGCGCCCUGAUCCGUCUACCCAUACAGCCACCGGUUUUCAUGGGGGUCCUGGCCUUCUUCACGGCCAUCGCCUUGCUGUGCCUGGCAUUUCUUUUGUAUCUGUGUUCAGCAUUCAGGACAAAGGGACGCUCUGAGAAUGCCUUCGACCAAGCGGUAGAUUCUGACUGAGACUUCAAGCAGCAGCUGGAGCCCGAGGCUGCCUUGUAGCGACACCAGGCAGUAUGAGCCAAGUGGCUGCCACUGGGACCUGCUCCACGGCCACGUGCCAAGGUCAUGUGUCUUGCAGCUACUGGUUCCUGCCAGAGAACCUCCCGGGAGUCUCUCAACUACCCAGCGAGAGUUGCCCCUGCGACCCCUCCCCACCUGAUUGCUGACCCGCUGGGAAUCAAGGAGACGCAGGCUGUCUCAUUCGGGGACUUCACUCUAUCCACUCUAGAGGAAGUUGAGAAUAUAAUAAUUUAACGAGGAAGGUACUGACCACAGGGCUUGGUUUCCAUUUUCUCCCCAUCACUAUUCUUCCUAGCGAGGCACCCAUGAAGGUUCUGACGGAGACAUCUCACCCACGCUCCCUCCUAUAGGUCCUUUGUAAGACUCUCUUGUCUUUCAUUUGAGUCCAGCCCUAUCUCAAGCCACGAUACUUUCUUUUGGCAAUCCCAUAAGCGUUAAGCUCCCUGACUGGUAGGAUGUAGCAUUUAUUGGGAAAGCUCAUAGUGUUGAGUCUCAUGUAGCCCAUGCUAGCCUCCAACUCACUGUGUAGCCAAGGAUGACCUUCAACUUCUGAUCUACUCCCGAGUGUUGCAAUUAUGGCUGUGAAUCACUGUACCCAGUUUAUGAGAUGCUGGGGCUAGAACCCAGGGCUUCAUGCAUGCUAGGCAAGUAUUCUACCAACUGAACCAUACCCCAGCUAAGAAGACUCUUGUGGCCCCGAGGAUUCCUGGCCUUUGUCAUGCAGACAGAGCCUGAAGCAGACAGAAGCAUACAAGUUCCUAAGACGGUAGCUGCCCUCAUUGUGGAAUUCCCACUGGGGACUCUGGUCAUGAGACAGACUUGGUGUGUGUCAUAGUCCUUGUGUAAUCGCCUCACAAGGCUGUGUCCUCCUCUGAUCACACCCAGUCGGCUGCAGGGGAGUGGCUCUCAUUGACCUGGCAAGACUCUUGCCCAGGGCUGACUUGCUACUGUCUUCAUGGGACGUGGUUUUCCCACAACCCUCACAGGCAUACUUGAUCCUGUGCUAAGACGUCCCAGUCUGGAGUUUCUGGUCAGUUACUUCCCCUGGUUACAGUUCUCCCCAAGUAGCUGCUGCACAUCUCCAUAUUUGGAGUCUCCACCUCCAAAGUCGGAUGAGAAAGGCUUCGGCAAGCCCGGGAGCUACAAGCGACAAAUCGAUGCUGUUUCACAUGGCUGGUUGUUGGCGCCGUAUGGAAUAAACUCUUGUUUUUAUUUUGCAA